GACAUAACCAAAGUUGGUAGAACCACUCAACAUCUUCUGGACGGUACUUUGCGCAGCGUGCGACAGGCAGGAGCAAGAAGCAGCGGAGACGGAGAUCUGCUGUGGGACCCCUCGCCUCCACAAGUCAAAAAACCGUACAGUAAUUUUUUCCCGGGUGCUCAUCCAGUCCAGAUGCCAUCCUUGAGGUUUAGGAGGCGGAGGAAGAUGCUAUGCUUCACUGUGUACGAUGCGGACACGGGAUCCCGCCAAGACGUUUCGAAGAUCAGACUAGAAGAUCAAGACUUCCUUGGCCAAGCCGAGUGCUGGCUGUCGGAGAUGGUCCGAGCUAAGGGCCACGUGGUGACCAAAGAGCUUCUGCCAUUUGCAGAUAACAGAAGCAGAAGUGCAGGCACACAUGGACUUGGGUUCAAAUCCAGACGCGGCUCGCUAGGGAGGGGUGCAAGAAAGAUGGGAUCUUUGACUAUCCAUGUGGAGGAGGUGGCUUCCCAAAGCCAUGGCACGGUGAUGCUCGGGUUCCGGGGUACAGGACUCGACAGGAUGGACCUUUACCCGUUCGGCAAGAGCGACCCGUAUUUGAAGAUUUCAAAGGUUCUAGAAGACGGCAGCACUGCGCCGAUCUGCCAAACGGAGGCGGUUUCGCGCAGUUUGAACCCCGUCUGGCGACCCAUUGGCGUCUCGCUCCAGAUUCUCUGCGCCGGAGACAUCGACCGCCCUCUGCGGAUCGAGUGCUUCGAUCGCGACACGUUCACUCGGGACGAUUUCAUCGGCAGCAUUGACAGAUCCGUGAGACGAUUGACGGAGGACGUUGCACUUCAAAGGGGCAUACCUUUGAAACGAGAAAGCCACAAGAAGGGCAAACCCAGCAAAGUCGGUGGAACGCUCUUCUGCACUCGAUGCGAUAUCAUUCAGCCAAGGUCGUUCUUGCAAUACCUGGCCAUGGGAUGCGAGGUUAGCUUCCACGUGGCGGUGGAUUUCACUGCUUCCAAUGGCCACCCAACUAGUAGGGACUCCCUUCAUUAUGUGGACCCCAAUGGAAGGCAGAAUGCAUAUCAGCAGGCCAUUAGCGCGGUUGGCCGAGUGAUAGAAUUCUAUGACACGAACAAGACUUUCCCGGCCUGGGGCUUUGGAGCCUGCGUGGGAGGGGAAGUGGUCUCCCACUGCUUCAACUUGAACGGAGACCCGGUUAACUCGGAAGUGAUGGGUGUGCAGGGGGUGCUUGAGGCCUACGAGAAAGCGCGCAAUGUGGUGUCGCUUGCGGGACCGACACUGUUCACACCUGUGAUCACUAGGUCAUCGCAAAUGGCGGAGGCACACAUGCGGGAGGGUCGGUUGAAGUACUCCGUCCUCCUCAUAAUCACAGAUGGUAUCAUAAAUGACAUGGAGUCAACGAUGGACGCACUCGUUGCAGCGUCGAGGCUUCCUCUCUCCAUCUUGAUUGUGGGAGUGGGCUCGGCAGAUUUCUCCAGGAUGGUGGCUCUCGACAGCGACGAUCGACCACUCAAGUUCGGUGGCCUGAGUGCGGAACGCGAUAUAGUCCAGUUUGUCUCAAUGCGAAACAUAACUAGCGAUCAUCAGCUGGCCCAGGAACUGCUGGCGGAGCUGCCUGACCAGGUGGUGCAGUUCAUGUCCCUAGGAAUGCUGAGAGUCGACUAGGACUACGGACGGUAGCCUGGAUGCAACAGCUGGUCCACUUGGCUGCCUUACAGAGGUCCACUUCGUUCCGUGAUGAAGGUCCCCUCAGUUUGGCUUGCCUGCUGAUGGUCAGCUCAGUCCUAUAGCUGUUGCAGUUCUGACCUGCAUGUGGUCCAGUUCUGACCUGCAUGUGGUCCAGUUCUGGCCUGCAUGUGGUCCAGUUCUGACCUGCAUGUGGUCCAGGUCUGGCCUGCAUGUGGUCCAGUUCUGACCUGCAUGUGGUCCUGGACCAGUUCUGACCUGUAUGUGGUCCUGGACCAGUUCUGACCUGCAUGUGGUCCUGGACCAGUUCUGACCUGCAUGGGGUCCAGCUCUGACCUUUAUGUGGUCCACUUUUGACCUGCCGGUCGUGUCGUUCUGACCUGCAGGUGGGUGGUCUCUGGCAUCCCCUGCAGAUGGUCACCAGGUCAUGAAUGCCCUCCUGUGUGAAUGGCCCAGCUGACUUGCAGCAGGUUCAGCUCUGUGCAGGUUGUCAGGUAAUAUGUGCACACAGAGAAACAUACAACUGUGCGUCAAGGCGUCUUUUGCAGCAAGACAUUGACUUUGGGGAGAGCAAGUGCAUAUUUUUGUAGUGAAGGCAUAUUUUGGUGGGUGCUUUGGGGUCAUCAAGCACAUGUUUUGCAGCAAGGCACUGGCUUUGUGUUCAGCAAGCACAUAUUUUGCAGUUGGUGGGUGCUUUGGGGUCAGCAAGCGCAUAUUUGGUGGCAAGGUGUUGGCUUUGGGGUCAGCAAGCACGCACUUUGCAGCAAGGCAUAUUUUGGUGGGUGCUUUGGGGUCAGCAAGGACAUAUUUUCCAGCAAGGCGUUGGCUUGCUAUGCUCAAAGUCGACGCGUCCAGAGACCAUCAUUUGGAACUUAACAGGUCAAGGAAUUUUAUCGGCAGUUGUAGAUGCAAAGCCCCAGCAACUGCAAAAUACUGGAGGAGGGGACGCAGAUUGUAAAUCUUCCGCGAACAAUGGAUCACAGGGGAUGGUGUACUGUUAACCGUGGUUCGAAGUGUUGAUUCCGUCAUCAUCGACGUCGUUAUGGUUGUCGGUAAUGUGCAGCCAUUGGAGACGGAUAGACGGGGAGAUGAGGGCUGGCUGCACAAGAGGCAAUACGUCGUCCGGCGGUUCUGAUCGAGGAAGAAAUGCCAUUGUUCAAGUUUUUGGUUUAUGCGCAUACUGAAGACGGUGGAAGAGGGGGAAACACUAGAAAGAAGAGAUGUCUGAGGGUAAUAUAGGGUGUCUGGCAAUGAGAGAAGAGAGAAGUGGGACAAGCACAAGAAGCCAAGGUGGUCAGUGGUUUGCGCUGUGACCUGCGAUGUUAGGCUUUGGAUGUUCUGGCAGGGCCUCCAUGAUAGGCUCUGCAAAACUCUCUUGUCAAGCAGAACCUCACUGAUGUGGUUGAUGGAGCUGCUAAAGGGCAUUUGGAGGGACCGGUUUGUUUUUGUCAUCGGCGAGCAAAUUGCUCGACUUUGUACAGUACUUCCUCUUUUUGUCGUUAACUUCUCCUGAUGAGUCGGUGAAACUCCGACGAAACAGUUUGUCACAGCCCCUCGUUUGUUGUCCUCUUCUCCCUCUCUGCCUACGGUUUACCGGGCACUUCUAUUUGACGAUAUAUGUAUUUGUCACGCAACAAUUUAACGCUGUUUCAAGUCUUUUAGCCCGAUGGCGGUUGCAG